AUGUCGGGAUCGGGCAGACGCGCGUCGCUGGACUAUUCGGACCUGGAGGCCGUGCGGGAGAGAGUGCAGCAGGCCGCGGCGCUCUGGGCACUCGCAGAGGACAGGGAGAGGGAGCACGGAAACCAAGCAAGUGAUACAGACGAUGAUGAUGAUGAUGAAGUCUGCAGCAGCAGCAGCAGCAGCAGCAGUGCGCGGGGGAAGCAGCAGGGGAAACUGGCAGCAGCACCGCACCAAGGUUCUGAUUCAGUUGAACAACAGCAGCGCAAGUCCAGCUCAAAGCUGGCUUCCCAGUCGCACCCACAGGGAGGAAGAGCAGCAGCAGCGGAGGGUGGGAAUCAAGGCAGAGCAAAAGGCCCGUCCCGCAGCAAAGCGGGUGCUAGAGGGUCUCUAAUUCGUCGAUGGCUAAACUUCGGCCGCUCAUAG